CGGUUUUGUUUUUUGUUGUUUUUUUUUAUUGAGACCCAAGAGCAGAGCGGCAGGAAGGUGUCUCUAUCGCUGUUGAUUCUACGGAAUUUCUUACUCUUUUGGCUUCUCAUCACUCUUGUGGCGGGCAUGCAGCAUUUUAAACUAGGCCACGACAAACUGUACAGCACCAGGUGCUGCGGAUGUUGCCACGUCCGGACGGGAACUAUCAUCCUUGGAACAUGGUACAUGGUUAUUAACCUACUGAUGGGAAUUCUGCUAACAGUGGCAGCGACCCGUCCAGAAAGUGUUCCCUCCGUCAACUUGCAGUAUGCAGUCAUUGACCAUUAUUUAACAUCUGAUCGGAUGUCAGGGAAUGCCGGUGCUGGAUUGGCCAUCUCUCUGCUGAUGGUGACUGUUAGCGCUAUGUUGCUGUAUGGAGCCAUUACUCAUCGCAGUGGGCUGCUCAUCCCCUUCUUUUGCUACCAGAUGUUUGACUUUGCUCUAAGCUGCCUGGUGGCCUGCAGCUCCCUCACCUACCUACCCAGGAUACAGGAGUACCUGGACCAACUGCCGGAUUUCCCCUACAAGGAUAACCUGUUGUCUCUGGACCCCAGGUUCCUGUUUUUCUUUGUACUGGUCCUCUUUACCUUCCUCAUUGUCCUCAAGGCAUACUUAAUGAACUGCGUGUGGAACUGCUACAAGUAUAUCAUCAACAGGAACAAGCCAGAUGUUGCUGUCUUCCUCUCUUUUGAGAAUCAGCUCCAGUCCACCUUGCCAACCUACGAGAUGGCAGUAAACAUGCCCGACAAGGACCCUCCCCCGCCUUACAUGCCAUCUUAAAGACCAGCCCCACUGUGGACACAACACCUGCCACCGCCAAAUGCAUUUCUACAUUCCUUCACUUUAAUCCUCUCCGAGCGCCUCUUAUCUACUGUAUAUAUUUUCUGCAAAGACGGGAUCUUUGAUCUGUGUGUGCAUCGAAUGACUGACCCCGGUCUCAUUGUUUUAAUGAAACGCAGUCAACAAUCCAUCAGCAUUCCUGACAAUCCACUUCAUUGUAGCUCCCCGAAAUACUGACCUGUCUUCAUUUAACAUUGAAACAGUUGCAUCUCGGUUACGGGAAGCACACCGCAGCACCAUUUUUGUUACAUGGCUUUUGCUGCGGUUCACUACUACUACCAUCACCAUCACCAGCCCAGAUGUUUACAUCACACUCUGCUGCCAGCUAGUUUUCCAGCUGUGUACGAGAAAGGGAGGAGGGAAGCUGCUUUUCCACCAGCCUAAUAGCAACCUGUGAAGAUUUGUUGUUGCAUGCCUCCCCCACUUAACUGACCCUAACAUGCUUUUUGGUUCCAUUUCAUUCGACCCAAAUUGAAUGACUUAAUAAAGGGUUGACAACA